GGGGGGACUGGAGCGUAAUAAGGUAUAAAUGCUCCGCACUGAGGACGCUGCAGCCAGACCCUUCUUAGGAGAACACAGACCAUACAGGAGAAGACUCUGCAGGAAACAGUCGCUGACAUCAUCACAGUGUGAACAUAGCUCUACAUUGGAUCUACAGAAUGAAUCUCCUGUCGUCUCUGGUUCUGUUCGGAUCUCUGGCUCUGACUCUGGGGUGCAGUGGUCCUGAUCCAGGAGCCACAAAUAUAGCAAGAAAUGGAGAAGCCUCCCAGGAUUCCACUGUGGCAGAUGACACAAUCGCUUCAAAUGCCAUAGAUGGUAACACAAACCCAUAUGUCGCAUCACAGUCAUGCAGUAUGACCUCUGGAUUGUACAAUCCCUGGUGGAAGGUGGACCUGAAACAGACCUACAAGAUAUCACAUGUCGUCCUAACAAACCUGAGGGACUGCUGUCAGGAGCUGCUGCUGGGAGCCGAGGUCAGAAUCGGGAACAACCCUGACAACAACAACCCAGUGUGUGGCACGGUCACCAAUAUUGAAUCUGUAACCUUGCCCUUCUGCUGUAAUGGGAUGGAAGGUCAGUUCGUCAGUGUGGUUAUUCCAGGUCGCUACGAAGUCCUGACCCUUUGUGAGGUUGAGGUUUAUGAAGAACCAGUCACUGUUGCUCCCCCGGAGAAUAAAGUCUGCUGGUAGCUGCCAAGCUUCAGAACUCCAAAAACAUCAGAUCUUUUCUGCGUCUUCUUCAGCGUCUCCAGCUCUGUAUUCUGUAGACAGGUUUCCAUUGUGUAAGCAAUUACUUGAGGUUUGAAGGUGC